AUGAAGAAAAAAGAAGCGAAUAUAAGGCCCAAGUGCUGCAUUUUCAGCGGCGGACAGCGCCGAGUUCGCCUUUUCCUCCUUCCAACUAUCACCCCCACCCCCACCCCCAGCAGCAGCAGCAGCAGCAGCAGCAGCAGCAGCAGCAGCAGCAGCAGCGUGGACGUGGACUGCAAGGGGGGCUUCACCGCGUGGUCCCCCUGCGAACCCCUCGAAGGCCACGCCACCCACCACGACCCCGAAGACGACUUCGACCUCCCCAGAGGCCCCGACGGCCUCUUCGCCGGCCGCUGUUUUCAGUUUCGAACUUUUCGCAUUUUCGCAGCCGCCCGCGGCCGCGGCAACGCCUGCAGCCGCCGCGACGGCUCGCGGGCGUUUCGCUACUGCAGCGGCUGCAGCGGGGAGUCUGCGGUGUACAGACACCUGGGCUCCCCGCAGCAGCAGCAGCAGCAGCAGCAGCAGCAGGCGGCUGCUGCGCUGCGGGCGUUUGCGGUGCUCGCGGGCGCGUUUGCUAUUGCGGCUGCGCUGCUGCUGCUCGCGCUCGGCUGCCGCAAACUGCUGCUGCUGCUGCAGCAGCAGCAGCAGCAGCAGCAAACUCGCAUUCCACUCUACCCCCCACAGCCCACAGCGGCGCUCAGACACCACGCUGCUGCUGCUGAACUCCACAAGGACUUUCCCUCUGCUGCUGACGAACUCACCGAGGCCGCCCCCGCCAGGUGA